AUGUGGGUACAUUCAGGACGUUGGUUCGUGCUAGGUGGCCUAGCGAGAGGGACGAUCACCGCUGUGCGAACCAGUUUUUCACGUCACCCAUACCAUAUACGUCCCCAAACUUUUCACUCUACACUUGAUAUGAGAGAUAGUGGUCUCCAGUACACUAUAUCCAUUCUCUUUCUUUUGGAAAACCCUUCGGCUGUACCGUCUUGUAUGGCAAAGCGAGAUGAUGUCAGACCGAGGG